GGGCGGAGGUUGAGUCCUUCUCUUGCUCUAGAUCGAGAGGGAAGAAGAGGGGAGAAGUAGCACCAAAGAUGUUCUCGAGCCAAAUCGAUGGAGGUGGAUUCAUGCUCUCUCAAUCCUCCCAAAACCCUGAUUCCGGCUUCUCUAAGAAUCGUGGCGCUCCGGGAGUUCUUCCCGUGACGGUGAAGCAGAUCAGGGAAGCCUUCGACUCUGCAGGCGAUAAGUCCAGUCUCCUUCUCGAUGGAGUUGAUGCCACCAAUAUUAGACUCCUGGGGCUGGUGAUGAACAAGGCGGAGAGGGCUACGGACGUUACCUUCACCCUUGACGAUGGCACUGGACGAAUCGAUGUCAUCAGAUGGGUUAAUGACACUUCAGAUGCAAACGAGACAGCUAUUAUUCAGAAUGGUAUGUAUGUCUCCGUCAAUGGUAGCCUUAAAGGAUUUCAAGACAAAAAAAGAGCCGUUGCAUUCUCUGUUAGGCCUGUCAGUGACUAUAAUGCUAUUGCACUCCACUUCAUUCAGUGCAUACAUGUACAUCUCUGGAACACCAGGCAGAAGGGAGGUGCUUUCCAGCACCAGACAACUCCAGUAAAGACAACAACCACUUCUUUUGAAGGGUUGAGAGUGCCCCAAACUCCAGUUGCCAGUCAAUCUUCUGGAAGUGCAAACACGAAUGGACCUGAGACUGACAUCUACAAAUUAGUGUUGAGCGUUUUCCAGGAACCUGCAAACCUUGACAGCGACCAUGGAUUGCAUGUUGAUGAAGUUGCCAAACGACUGGGAGUACCAAUCAAUAAGAUCAAGGAAGCUAUCGAUUACUACGUAGACAUCGGUCAUAUUUAUUCUACGAUCGAUGACUACCACUUCAAGUCUGCUUUCGUCGACUGACGUUGACUUCUCAAUCUUUAUGGCUGUUAGUAAAGAAGACACUAACAGAGUCGGUUUGUCAAUUUAUAUGGCUGUGCUUAAUCUCCCCAAUAUAAAGACCAGUUUUAUAGGUGAAAUGUGAUGAAUGAUCAAAAGUAUGCUAUGCACUGAACAAGUUUUUUUUUUUUUUUUUUUUUUUUUGUCUUCGUUCCAAUUUCCGGCAUCUUUGAAUUGAUUCAACCUGCCUUGUGCUGUCUUCUCUCACAGUAAAUAUCAUCCUUUUUAUUAUCUUUGGUCCUGCGUGGUGAGGUUGUCAGAAAAAUGUAGUUCAAGUUUGAAAAUUGAUGCCUAAAUAUUCUAAUUGUAAGUUUUAAGCUUAAAUUCAUUAUUGGAAUUUUAGAAAUCGUCUGUUACAAAGGGAGUGUUUAAUGUUUUUAAUGUCAUGAUAUUUUAGAUGAUUUGAUCGUAGAUGAUGAAAGGCUACUAAAAAGUCCAAGAGGACGUCUCCCGAGAUUAAGUACGUGUUGCUUCGCACACUGAAGACUGUGCAUGGUGUCCUCGCCAACUUCUAUCAACGCUGGAAAUGUUCGAUAGCGAACAGCCCCACGUUAUUGCCACACCAACGCCUGCACAAUUCUCACCCACCGGUGGUUGUCCGUCGCUUUCUGCCUCCAACGCGCAUCGCAAGCUCCAAAGGAUCCAUCAGCCUCGUGAUCUCCUUGGCAGGCUCUCAUUGGCUGCCAACCUCCACGUUCCCCGCCGCGGUGCGACACGCUGGCGCACAGGCGAGUCCUCCCCCGGACACGCGUCUCGUGUCCCACGUGGCUCCAUAUCGACCCCGCAUCCUCGCCGACCACGUUCUCGUGCGCUCGGUCAAUCUGGACCGUUAGAUCGGCGAACCAAACCAAUCUCCACAGCCGAUGUGCGACGGUUAGCUCAACGGGCCUCAAGUGAGCUCUGAGCUUUAGGGUCCCUAUAAAUACCUCCUCCGCCCGCGGCUGCCGCGUUAAUCGUGUCGGGGAUCAAUUACAGGGUUUGUUUUCUUGACUUGUAAAUGGACAUCAUGGGGAGGAAGAGCAGCGCGCUUCUGUUGACGGAUGAUGUUGCGUUGCCCCUUGACGCGAUCCUGUCUGCUGUGCGGGAUGCGGGAGCCGAAGCAGUCCCGGAAGACGAUGUCGUCGUUAUUACCCAGUGCGA